AUGAUGGCGACCGCCAGAAGCUCUAGUGUCGAUCUUUUGCACAGACUGCGCCCACCACAGCCGCACGGUGGAGGAGGACGGGGAGCAGCAGCAGCUCGGAGUCUCACAAACCUAUCAGACGACCCCAUGGAGGUACUGGACUGGUUCCACCCCCAACUCACACGACACGCAGCCGAGUGCAUGCUCAUCGACAACGCGCCCGAAGGAACCUUUCUCCUCCGUUCCUCGAGCGACGGGGAGGGCUACGUUCUUUCAGUGAAACUCUCGAGCUCUGUCCAACACGUCCGGAUCACCAUUGGCCCGGGGGGCCGGUACCACUUCGGGAACAGCUCCUUUGAGAGCGUUCGGGGGCUGAAACGACACUUCGAACUCGAAAAACCGGUUAUCGGUGGGGACUCGAACAUCAGAGUGGUCCUAAAAUUUCCUUACUCGAGAUUUGUUGAGGAGAGCCAUCUCUACACGGAAGUAGUUCAUCAUGCGGUCACCAACUACAUCAAUGACUCCAGUGACAGUGAUACGGACUCGAGCUCGCCGAGCCACGGGUCAUCAUCGUCCAUGACAGCAACAACAAGCACCCGGACGAUGGCGAUUUCGUCCAAGGAGGGCUACCUCACCAAACAGGGACGGAUUCGGAAGACUUGGCGCGUCCGUUGGUUCAUCCUGCGAAACCAGAACUUGUCGUAUUACCGCACCAAACAACACAAGAAACCACUGGGUACACUGGAUCUCACGGAAGCAAUUUCUGUAGAUUUGGACACGUCCAAGGAUAAGGAGUUUUGUUUCCGCAUUAUCAUGCCCUCGAGAACGUGGUAUUUCCUAGGUAACAGUGUGGAAGACAGUCAACAGUGGGUCGAGCUGCUGAGAUUGAAACUAGCCCGAGUCUGA